GUGAUGGCCUCUCCUUCUUUUAAGCCUCGCAACUACAAAGUCAAUGUCUUUUCGAGCUUCCACAGGCCUGACGUCCGUAAAACACUUCUUAGUCACAUGCGUGAACAGUUCAAACGCACGGGGAUCACUAUGUUUGAUGAUCAAGAGAUUGAGAGAAGCGCAAUAAUCGCUCCUUCACUCAUAGAAGCUAUAAGAGAAUCAAGGAUCUCGAUCGUAAUUCUCUCCAAGAAAUAUGCUUCGUCAAGCUGGUGUUUGGAUGAAUUGGUGGAGAUAUUAGAGUGCAAAAAAGCUGGACAGACAGUGAUGACCAUCUUCUACGGAGUGCAUCCAUCCGAUAUACGGAAACAGACUGGAGAAUUCGGGAACACAUUCAAUGAAACGUGUGCACAUAAGACGGACCAGGAAAGGCAGAAAUGGAGCAAAGCUUUAAACGAUGUGGGAAACAUUGCUGGAGAAGACUUUUUAAAAUGGGAUAAUGAAGCAAUAAUGAUCAAGAAGAUUGCCAGAGAUGUUUCAGAUAAAUUGAAUGCUACACCAUCUAGGGAUUUUGAUGGCAUGGUUGGACUAAAAGCACAUCUGAGAGACAUGCAAUCUUUGUUGCAUUUAGAUUAUAAGGAUGGAGCUAUGAUUGUUGGAAUCUGUGGCCCUGCAGGCAUUGGUAAGACUACCAGUGCCAGGGCUUUGUAUAGCAGACUCUCUUGCAGUUUUCAGCUUACUUGUUUUAUGGAUAAUCUUAGGGGAAGCUAUCAUAGUGGUCUUGACGAGUACGGAUUGAAGCUCUGUCUACAAGAGCAACUUCUUUCAAAGAUUUUGAACCAAAAUGAUAUUAGGAUAAGCCGUCUAGGUGUGAAAAAAGAAAGGCUACGCGACCACAAAGUGCUCAUAAUUCUUGAUGAUGUGAACAAUAUAAAGCAAUUGGAGGCAUUGGCAAAUGAAACUACAUGGUUUGGUCCUGGAAGUAAGAUUAUAGUUACAACAGAAAACAAAGACCUUUUGCAGCAACAUGGAAAAAGCUAUCCACAUGAUCAUAGUUUUGAGGUGCUUGCUAAAAGGAUAAUAGAGCUUUGUGGUAACCUUCCAUUGGGUCUACGUGUGGUGGGUUCAUCUUUACGUGGGAAGAAGGAGUACGAAUGGGAAGACGUAAUAAACAGGCUAGAAACUAUCAUUGAUAGAGAUCUUGAGGACGUACUAAGAGUCGGUUAUGAGAGUUUAGAUGAGAAUGAACAAUCUCUGUUUCUCCACAUUGCAGUCUUCUUCAAAUAUCAAGAUGGAGAUCUUGUGAAAACCAUGUUCUCUGACAGUUACUUAGAUGCCAAACGUGGUCUGAAGAUCCUAGUCAAUAGAUCUCUUAUAAAGAUAUCUAAAUAUGGGGAGAGAAUACAGAUGCAUAGAUUACUACGACAAGUGGGUCAAAAAGCCAUUCAUAAACAAGAGCCUUGGAAACGCCAAAUUUUAAUGGAUGGUGAUGAGAUCUGUGAUGUUCUGGAACUUGCCAAAGGUACAAGAGUUGUGUCUGGCAUCUCAUUUGAUACAUCAGGAACCAACGAAGUGAUUGUUAGCGAAAGAGCCUUUAAAAGAAUGCCUAAUCUUCGAUUCCUCAAAGUUUACAAAAGCAGAUAUGAUGAAAAUGAUGUGAUGCAUAAACCUGGGGAGAUGGAGUUUCCGCGUCGUCUAAGGUUACUACAUUGGGAGGAAUACCCGAGCAAGAGUCCUCCUCUUACAUUUCAUCCGGAAUAUCUUGUGGAAAUGAAUAUGAAGCAUAGCAAGCUAGAGUACCUCUGGCAAGGAACUCAGCUUUGCUCAUCCAUCUAA